UGUUAAACGUCCCGCAAAGCCCGGGGAGGAGGGACACAGAGAGCUAGAGAGAGAGAGAGAGAAACACACACACAGUGACGGAGAAAGAGAUAGAGGCAGAGACAGACUGGGGAGCGAAAUAUUCUGAGCAAAGAUAAAGCCUGGAGGCGGGGUGGGCGGGGGGAGGCACACAGGCGCUGUGUGUGUGAAGAGGAGCCUCUGAGCGUGUGUGUUAGUGAGAGAAGCAAAGCGCAAAGGGAGAGCGUAUGUAGCGUGAAGGAAGAGUGGAGGAGAGGGAAGCAGUGUUGGGAGAGUCAACGCAUGUUGCCAGAUUGAGAGAGACAGGGAGAGUAGAGGACAGAAGCAACGAGGAGAGGAGAAGGAAAGAGAAGCAAGGAUUUUCAGUGCUUGAGGGAGCACAGAGAAGAGGAGAGAGAGAAGGGGAGGAGAGGCAGUUUGGUCUCAGUCAAGUAGAGAGGCAGGCAGGGAGCAGUGUAGAGCCGGCAGUGCUGCAUUGUGGAUGUAAACUUUAUCGUCUGCGGGAUCAGUGGGUAGCAGCUGCAGAGCAGGAGGAGAGCGUGCUGGUGGAUUACCAUGUGUGUCCUCUGAAUGUACCAGGAUGCUGCAUCUCCACCAGGGGAAAAGCUGGCCGUGGCUCGCCUGCAGAGGGAAGUCGCACGGAGCAAGAGCGAAGGAACAAUGCGAGAAAAGCUGAUCCACGAGCUAGAGGAAGAGCGACGUUUGCGACUGGAGAGCGAGAAGCGUCUCCGGGAAGUGACAGAGGAGUCCGAGCUGGGACGGGCGCAGAUGGUCUCACUGCAGCAGCAAUUCUCCAGGAUGGAAGAGACAGUGCGGUCGCUGCUGCAGAAUCAGGGCGUUCCGGAGCAGACUGCUGUGGAUACAGUGGACAUCAUGAAGGCCUACAAGGAUAAACUCUCCGAGGAAGUGCAGAAGCAGCACGAUGGCCCCGAAGAGAACGGCUCCCCGCCGGCGACUCAAGCGGAGCCAGACAUGGGGCUGCUGCCGAACGCUGAUGCUGAUGCCAGCCAAGCAGAAGAGGACAAAGACAAAACCAUGCCCCUUCUGGAGCGCCUCAAGGCCCUGGAGGAGCGGAACUGUGCCUUGGCCUUGGAGAAUGAGAGCCAGAGGGAGCAGUACGAUCGCUGUCUAGAUGAGGUUGCCAAUCAAGUUGUGCAGGCGCUUCUCACCCAGAAGGAUCUGAGAGAGGAAUGUCUGAAGCUGCGUACUCGAGUUUUCGACCUCGAGCAGCAGAAUCGGGCACUGAGUGUUUUGUUCCAGCAACGGAUCAAGCCCGCCUCGGACCUGCUUCUCCAGAAACUCCACUCUCGGAUCAUGGAUUUAUCUGCGGCAGAUUUGCUUCUGGAGCCAGAGAGAAGCAAGGCUUUCUUGCUUUCCAGGAAUACAGACUCUCCCUCCAAUGAGGUUCAGUUAAAUGGAAAGCCAGGUCUCCCUGUGGCCAAGUGUCUGAGCCAGCUGAGUCUGACAGCGCCAGCACCAGUAUACCCACGCAGCAGCUGUAGCAGCAGUGAGUUGUCCCUGUCAAGUGCUUGCAGUGAAUUCUCCAGUGGCUCAUACACCUGGAAUGAUGGACGCUCCUGUGGGAAAAUGUCAUCUCUGACCUGGGAGAAGAGGCUGAGCUUGGGUUCGUCAGCCCCUAGUAAUAUAUGCGCCGCCCUGGAGGAACAACAGCCCACGAGGCGCAAGGAGAGCCACAUACUAGAGGGACUGAGAAAGCUCCAGAGGAGGAAACACAGGAGCUCUUCUGCUUCAUCCAAGGUCUCCAAGUCGGGCUACAAAGACUGCAUGAACUCCAAUGAGGGCAUCUACUCUCUGGGUAUCAAGAAUAGCAGUAAAGGGGUGUCCAAGCCUACCCAUGUGGGUAGAACUUUAGCUGUUGGGGGCAAGAAGUUCUCUUAUGAUUCUGAUGAUGCUGAUGAUGAAUUGGCACAUUCCAGUCGUGGAGAUAACAUCCCCACCAAGGACAACUGGUUUUACUGUAAGAGGCUCUCCCACAGCAUCUCAGACAGUUUGUGUAGCUUGGAGGGGCUACAGGACAGUGGAGGUGGAGGUGACAGUAGCUCACGUCCUGCGGCUAUGAAACACCCCUCUGGCUAUGACUCAAAAGAGCGUCCUGAGAAACUCAUGAGUUUCAUUAACAGUUUUCUCCCUGAGGGAGGGCGGACAUCAGCUUUUACUAAACCAUCCAAGCUGCACUUCAACCCUUCUGACCCAGAGGGUCCUAAUCACCUCACUGAUGUGGAUGAUCCAGAGGAACUCAACUCUGAGUCCAGUGACAUGCGAAUGUCCUUUAGCCAGCCCCCAGAGCAAGCUGAGAGGGACUCCAAGAGACUGUCAAGAGAUGCUGCCAAGCUGCUCACACAACAGUGGUUGCGUAGAGACCAGGGACGCACUCAGUCUGCAGAUGGGAGGCCCAGGCUUUUCAGCUUAAUUAAAGAGCCCAAAGGGGCAAAGUGUACUCAUUCUGAGGAGAGCAUUUUGGCAAUAUUUGAUGCAGAAGGAGAGCCUAUUGAACUUUGUGCUCAGAAGGUCGUAGCAGGUGCUGGGCCUCUAAAUGACAUUCAAGGUAGCAAGGUAGUUGCCAAUUACACAGAACUAGUGCCCCAACAGAAGCCAACAGGGCAAAAAUCAGGAAAUACAAGAAACUACACUGUUCUUGAAUCCCCAGAGAAGCUAUCUGAAUAUCAAAUUAGAACUAACAAAACAAGCAAUAGCAGGGAGGGCAGUGCAGAGAGGCUGUCAAUGCAGUUGACUCCACAGCGGAAACUAAUCAAACCACCAAGCAGCCGAUCUAAUAAAGGUCAUUCCAUCCCUCCCUUAAAUGAUUCUGCUGGUCCCAAGUCAAGUGGUUCAAAGAUACCCGGUCGUAACAAACCUUCAGGAUCUCCACUGAGAUUGUCUAAGGGCUCCCUCACAGAACCAAGUAACAGUGGAAACUCAGGACCCUCCGGUCAGGAGAAAUCCCCCUCCUCUCCUACAGUCAAAAUGUCCAGGUUCAUCAAAACACCAGGAACCUGCUCACAGAGCCCAAAGUCUGGAAACUCCAAGCUCUCCAGCCGGCCGGAAUGGCAUAAGGGCUCCUCCAGUUCCCCACACCUUUCAAGGAGGCACCUGGAGUAUGCUGACAAUGGUGAACAGCCAACCAGAGACAAACACUGUGAAACCAGCAAAAAUAAACUCAGGUCCCCUUCUCCUCCCCCUCCCCCUGGCCGCACCACCUCCUUACUGAUCAGACCAAAUUACGAAGGGUCGCCUCAAGCACAUAAAACAUGGGUGGCUCAACCAUCCACACCAACCACUGUGAGGGGCCCUCCCCCAAGUUACCACACCUCACUUUUACCAAAUAUGCAAACUACGCUACCCAUCAAGGAUAAAGACUGUUUAGACUUAGAUGCAGGCUACGGGACUGCACUUGCACCUCAGAAACUGGUUGACAAAACCAGUCAGCACCUUCAAAAGUCCCCCGCCACAACUCAGACACCUACUAAAGGCACUUCCAAGAGGAUGACCACGAAAGACUACCUCCCUUCUGCAAACUCAGGGUGUGCUCCAGAAACUGAAAAUGCACCUAAAAGCUCAAAGAAUGUCCCUCCUCCAUACAGUGCCCUCAGAGGGUCCUCACUUCAGAACUCAUUUGCAAGUAAAAGAGGAUCAAACCAUGAAAAUGUCCAUCUGACAGUGCAGAAGACCUCUAUUAGUUUACCUGUAUCACUUCAGGACACGCCUCAAUGUAAAACAGAACCACAAAAUGGUAAAGCUGUAGUCAGCCCACCCAGUUCAGUCUUGAUUUCUCCCAACCCAGCAGAAAAAGGUUCAAAGACCCGCAUCCCAAUGGGGUUUAAAGCAUUUUUAAAAUCUCCCCCCAGUCAUAAAAAUAGUCCCUCUAUACCAGGCAAGCAUGAGAAAGAUCAUAUCAACUCAGUCUCCAAGGAGACUGUGACUUCAAAUGCUUCUACCCAGUGUGACAGCUUGCAGCCAGUGUACAGUAUUGAUUCACCACCCAAGAUGUCCCUUACAGAGGGUAAAGGUGAGGUCCCAUGUAGGUUACUGGAAGGGGAAGUACACGCUGCUGUGUUGCCAGAGGAGGGGGACGUUUGUGAUAAAGGGAAAAGGAGUAGUCAACUUUUCUCUAGAUCCAUAUCAGUUACUACCAAACCUCAUCUAAAGCCGGCCUUGGGGAUGAAUGGGGCCAAAGCCCGUAGCCAGAGUUUUAGCACCAACUACAUGGAGAAACCCAACAUCAAUGCUCUAGAUGGACCGGGAAAAAUACGAACUCAGAUCAUCACCAACUCAGGUGAAAGGGGAAACUCUUUGUCAAGACAGAGUUCCUUGGAGGUACCCAGUGUUGGGUUAGCUGAGAGCCCUGUCCAUUCCCCCAGGACUAGGCUUAGCCACUAUGGGGACAUCACAGGGUCAUAUAGUCACAAUGUCCUCCCUGAGAGAACUUCUAACUCAGGCUGCAAAGGUGAUGGGUCACAGGGCACAGUGAAGGGGGAGGCAAUCACCUCACCUUUGCAAAAAGAGGUGCGUAGCUUACCCAUCAGUGAUAGGAUUGGUUUGAACAUUCGUAAGCCAGCGAAAGUUGCCUCUCAUCCACAGUUUCAGCCUCCGUCCUCUUGUGUCAACAGUUCAGAAAAUCCAGCGCGAGAGACAGGAGGCAUAGCAACAACCCCUGAUGAACCAGACUUUAGCAGGGAAGUCAAAACCCAGACAGAUUCGCCAAACAAAGCCCCAGAUAUGGAGGAGAAAAAAAUCAGCCCAACAGUCUGCACUAUUGAAGAGAAGGUCAUGAUGGGAAUCGAAGAGAAUCUACAGAAGUGUCAAGAACAGGGGAAGGUCGCUGCAAACGAGGCCAAACAGAAAACGAGCCCCUCUCUGGCAAACUGGUUCGGCCUCCGCAAGAGUAAACUUCCAGCUCUGAGUGGUAAGAAAGCAGACUCCCCUAAGGGAAAAGAGGAAAAGAAAGAGUUGAAGAUUGGAUCUGUGCUUGGAGGCAAACAGAUGAAGUCUGACAAGAAGAAGGACAAGAAGAAAAAUGAUAACCAGCAGAAAGACAGUCAGGAAGUGCAGAAUCUGUCUGAGAUGAACAACAAGCUGAGCUCCAUCAUGGACCAUUGCAACAAUCAGAUGGGUCAGAUUGCCAGCCAGAUCCAGUGUACAACAGCCUUUAUCGGCAAAGACCAGUUUGUGAAAGAGCUUCUUGGCAGGAAUGCUGUGAAGGGCAACUCUGUGGCUGCAUCGCCGCCUGGGAUCUCCACACCCAAGAAACACAGUGAAAUGAAGGGAGAUAUAGAGAUCUGUCCAGAUACUGCUACCCUUAUAAUGACUCAGAAGAUCAACCUGAGGGCUGAAAAUGAUGAGGGACGCAUCACAGACACAGCUUGCCAAGACCCCAUGAUAGGCUCCGGCUGUCAGAUGAGAACCCUGGACAGCGGGAUCGGCACCUUCCCUCUUCCUGAUUCCGUCACCCGGGCCAGCGGUCGCCACAUCCCUAAAUCUGAAUCCAGCCCUGAUGGGGUGACCGCCGGCUCCUCUGAGCUAGAUCGGGAGCCUCUCUCCUCUCACCCAGACCCUGAUGUGAAAGUGCCUUCCCUCCCAAAAACCUGCCUGCAUACCCCUACCAGCAUUGGUCACUCCCUGUCUGACCCCAGCAUGACCUGCAGCAACAACGCACAAGACACCCAGAGCCGCCUGCCCAAAUUAGCAACUUCAGAUGUAAUCAGGACAAAGAGGUUGAGUCUUGGUGCCCCACGCAGCAACAUCUCCACAGAGGACAAAGAGAAAGAAACAGAGAGGAAGAUGAAGACCAAGGACCAUGAUAUGCCCGGAGAAAGAGCCCUAAAAGUAUGCACGUAUUCUGGGAGCAGCAGCGACACCGAGACGGAACCCGAGGGAACCCGAAGCACAUUGGGCUCACCGCAGAGGACCCUGAUCAACAGAGCUAAGAAGAGUGACUCAGUCGACCAGAACGAGGAGACCCUGAAGAGAAGCAGUGUGGAGAAGUCCUUGUCAAUCAUGGACUACUACCAACACGAUGUGUUUUCACAUCUGGAGAAGGACAGCAGGAGGAUUUCCCAGUACAACUUGUUGCACAAAGAGUCAUCCCUCGAUGGCAAAGCAGGAGACAGACUCAGCAAGGAGAUCCCCAUUGAGAAGACUCCCAUCAGUGAAAACCAGCCGGGCUCUCUUGACUUCUCUCUGGAGUCCCUGAACAAGCUGAAUCACAGUAGCUCCAGUAGUGGCAGCCUGUAUCCAGACACAGGCUUAGGCGGCCGCAGAGGUGACUGCCACGCCGAUGCGGGGAAGAGUGGGGAGGACUGCUGCAAGAUGGAUGAGCCCUCCUCAUCCAGCUUCUCAAGCAAGCCCGGGUUGGAUCCUGUGGGCUCCCUCAGCGACUCGCUGUACGACAGCUUCUCGUCCUGCACCAGUCAGGGCUCUAAUGACGUGUAGGGGCUAAGAGUAAGAUGGCAGGGCUGUAGACCAGUCUAUGUCCACUUCUCUGACAUCUUGGACAUGUCAAGUUCUUGGCCUUUAUCAACUUUGUCUUCCCUUUUCAUAUUCUUCUUUUGUUUGGACGUUGGAGGGUACAGUAAGCCCAUGGAGUGGACUUUUAGGUAGAUUCUCAUCUCUGUUGAACCGUAAGAGCCCCCUAAAAAUUUGUUUUUGCAUUUGCAAGUAAAAAAUACUUAAUAGGACUUUGGCUUCACUCCUCUUUGGAUCUGGUCUUGAUUCAAGCUCGACUUUCACCUAAUCUUGGAAAUGACUCAGACUGGACUAAUGUGGUCUUGACUACAGCCCUGCCACAACACGUGGAGCCCUGUCCUUGCUACGUACAACACAAAGCACUUAGUGGAGCUGGAGACGCGAGGAUGAAACCUCAUCCCGAACACCAAACCAGGACUUUGAAUAGUUUGACUCUGGGUGUGGUGGACUGGACAGCAAUACACAACGUUGUCUCAUUGCAAUUCUUAGUUAUCUUUUUCCCCACGCUGGGAAACGUCUUAUCAUUGCACUGUAACAAAUACUGUACAAAGUGUAAGGAGUGUAAAGUGAAUGAUUAUUCAAGCAGAGAUAAGGAGGGCGUCUUCUGGGAGCAACAGUGAUGGGCGACAUUGGCGUGUAGUUGCAACAAAACUGUUGCUUUGAUUGCAUUCCUGUUUGCUAGGAAACUAGAUUUAAACCUAAGGUGUCAUUUUAUGUUUGCUGCUAAGUACGUUGCCCAUUUAAGUUGCCCAUGUGGAAUCACAACCCAUAAUAAUACACCUGUUUCAUCUUCGUCUACUUUUGUGAAGCAAAAACCACAUAACAAAUAACAACAGGAUUUACAAUUACUUUAAUUUGUGUCCAUUUUAAAUAAUUAAGGGUUAAACCUGUUGCUAAUCUUGUCUUUGUGUGUGAUUUUGAGCAGUUAUGCAGCCGCUAACGGCAAACAAAACAGACAAUUGUAAAAAAUGUUCCUCAAAUGAAAUGAAAGUGACUAUUUAGUUUAACAUAACUAAUUUUCAACAGAAGGUUAUGUAAUCUUUAACUGAAGAAAAACAUGUCUCCACAUGGUACAUUAAGUAAUAAUGGUGAUUUUUCAGUGUCUGCCUGGUACACAGGUACAGCAAAUGACCAACGCACCCAUUGUCAUUGUUGGUAGCUCAGGGAACAUACUGGACUAAUGUAGAUUGUAAGAAUCAAAAUGCAGCCAUCAGGAAAUUGUUGACAAAUACAAAUAACACUCAGUAAUAUUUUGCUUUUUUGAGUUCCUGAUGCAAAACUCCUGAAUCCAAACAGCCUGGUUUAUAGUUUCAUGUAGCAUAGCAUACCUGAACUCUCCAAACCUCAGUUUUCCUUUCAUAGUUGUAUAUUAUGUUGUAUAUAGAAAUAAGUUAAUAUCAGAAUGGGCAUUGCUGAUUGAUAUAUGCAAAUGAGAAAACAAAAAACAAAACAAUUAUGUACAUUGUUUGCCAAUCAUUCAACCAAGGUUUUAAGUCUACUGUUUGAACAUGGCAUGUAUCUUUUCUUAUGGAAUUCUUUUAGGGUUCUUGUUUAAAAAAAAUCUUUAUUUUGAUCAAUAAGAGCUAAUACUAAAAUAUUUUAUCACUUUAUUUUAAAGACAUAUUUGAACUUAAGGUGAAGUUAUGCCAAAUCUCUAUCUGGAAUUUGACCAGCUGGUGCUAAUCAACAGAGCCGCCUGUGUGUUUCAAUUUUUCUAUGAAACUGUUAAUAUUGUACGAAGAGAGUCUGAAGAGGACUUGUGUAUUUUUCUAGAUGUCCAGUAUUUAUACCCACAUUUUGUACUGUCAGACUGUAGUGUGAUUGUCAUGCUUCACCUCUCUCCUUAAAUGUUCCUGGUUCCUUUGUAAAGAGAAAUGGUUACCAGCAGUGUUACUUUGGUAAUUAUUAUUAAUGUUAUUAUUAUUAUUAUUAUUGCUGUGUGCAAUUUUGUCUGUUACACCAGACUUUAAUGCUAUAUUUUAUGUAACUAUUUCCUAAAUAAAAAUGAGAAACUAUUUCCUAUUUCAAACUCA